AGUACCAGCCAAAAUUCAAAAAGCGUUCGAAUAGUGCAUCAGAAAAGGAGUCUACACACCCCUUAUUCUUCCGAUUAUUUUGUUUCGUUCCCAUUUUUUUUCUGGUGAUCUGGUGAUGUUAACAAAGAUGUUCCUAGUGCUCUGCCUGGUGCUGGGCAUCAUGGCAUCGGUAUCCGGACAGCCACACGCCCGUGCCAGCGAUCUCUACUAUACGGACAUAACGCCCGUGACCGACGAAACACGCUACACCACCCUCAAUCCGGACGCACAGCUGAACGAGAUGAACAAGGUGAAGCACUCGAAGGGCAACGUGGUCUUCACCGCGGGAAAGCGGGCAUCGGGUGACCGACUCAUUGUGAACCACUACGAUGACGACAGCUUUCCCAGUGCCAAGGAUGUGGAGGUGCUCAUGAGCUAUCCGGCCGGAGCCAGCACAGGGGUCACGCUGACGAGCAUCGAGGUGUAUGUGGACAUGACGGCGGACGAUGCCGGUGGCUAUCUGACCAAGGGUGGCAUCGGUCAGACCAACGUGGAGAUUCUGCUGACCUCCAAUCAGACGCGCAGCUUCGUCUACGAGACGUUCAUCUAUGGGUACUAGGACUGCUCGCCCAGAACUUUCAGCUACAAUAAACGAUUCGCUUGGAACCCAACUGUGAUCAUGAACUCCAGACCCUGCCCCUGUCCCUGCCCUUCCUGCCGAGAGUAUUAUUAGUCAUAGACGUACAUACAUUAAAGAAUCAAAUUUCAAACGGACUACUGUGCACAUCCUUUUACUUAUCCGUACCAUUGCAGAAAUAAAGUGUUCCUUGUUGCUUGGCGCCC